AUUAACAUGAACUAUAGUAUAUAUUUGCCUUCUUUUAACAGUGAAAUAUACACAAAACUAAAUAUGCGUCAUAUAAUGUAAAAGAAAUGUGAUAUUCAGUUUACUGAAUUCUUAUUAAAACUGCUGAAACUCCAGUUUACAUAAAUCAUCAAGGAAAAUAUUAAAAAAACACAAAAAAUGGAAAAUAUAACUGACAUAGUCAACAUUGAUCAGACAUAUCAACAACCUAUUCAAUCUUCAACGAAUGUAUCACACGAAACUGCAAUUCGGAAUGUGCUUGAGAAUGCAUUUAACUCGCAGACCGAAGCUUAUAAUGAUGAAAAGGAGCGUAUUAAAGUUAUUAUUAUUGAAGAAAUUACAGAGCGCAAGUCCAACUUACUUCAAGUUAAAAAUUGUAUAGAGAGGGAAUAUGAGAAAUCUCUCAGUUCCAUUGAUAAUGCAUAUAUCGAACAAAAAUACAUGAAAUACUGCACAGAGCUUUGGAUGGAAAAAGUAACAGCCCUAGUACAAGCAACAACUGAGUGUAAUGAUACCAAACUAAUUCAAACAAUAUUAAGUUCAAUAGAUAAAAUUAAAACGUUAAGUGACAUUCCUGAAUCAUUCAAGCAACUUGAAUAUUAUAAAAAUUUAGUAGAUCAUUAUCAUUUCAUAAGUGAAAACAAGAAAAAAAAUCUUAUAAUUUCUUCAAAUGAAAGUGACACAUACUUGCACUUGCGCGCACUAAAUCAACGUAAUAGUCCAACAGCAAAAGUGCACACCAACAACAACAAUAAUAACAACUACAACAACAACCAAGUGCCAUUAAAUCCAUUAAAAAGCCAGGUCCAGUCUCAGUAG